ACGACAGUCAUUGUACAGGUUACAGGUUACAGGUGUGGCGGAAGAGAGUCACCACUUUGUAUGUUUUUUUUUUUUAAAAUCAUAACCUCUGUAUUCAGCUUGGAAGCACUGUCACUGUAUCACGCGCCUGCUACCAGCUGUAUCAAUCUAGGCAACAGUAUAAUACAAUAUGAUGUAUUAGUUCGAAAAUAAAGUAAAACCCAACACUAGACAUUAAUGCAAACGUGUGUUUUUGUUGUGUCAGUGUAGGUGCUGUGCAGUGCAGAGCCAGGCGCAGUAGACAGGUUUAGCUUGUUACUGGCACUCAGUGAAUUUGGCUGCAGACAGACCGAAUCCUAUACAAUACGUGUCGCCCGUGUGGAACAGAGAGCUCGCCGGGAGAGUGGAUUAAAACAAAGAAAGAAAAUCUAAAUUAUUAAACCAUCUGCUGUGAUCAAGAUGCCGGCCGUCCACAGACUGCUGCUGGAAGACGCGUUACAGGACAGUCCUCAGACUCGCUCCUUGCUCAGCGUGUUUGAAGAGGAUGCUGGGACGCUCACUGAUUACACCAACCAGCUGCUCCAGUCCUUGCAGCGUGUCUUCGGGGCUCAGAAUGAGAUGAGUUUAGCCACCCAGCAGCUGUCGAAGCAGCUUCUGGAGUAUGAGAAGCAGAAUUUUGCUCUGGGGAAAGGGGAUGAAGAAGUCAUUGGCACUCUGCAAGACUUUUCAAAAGUGGUAGACGAGCUGAACACUCUGCACACAGAGCUGGCUAACCAGCUGGCUGACAGGAUGGUGUUCCCCAUGAUCCAGUUCAGGGAGAAGGACCUGACAGAAAUAAGCACUCUGAAAGACAUUUUCGCUAUUGCCAGCAGUGAGCACGACGCUUCUAUGGCAAAGUACAGCAGGCUGCCCAAGAGGAGAGAAAAUGAGAAGUUGAAGACGGAGGUGGUUGGAGAGGUUGCCUAUUCCAGGAGGAAGCAACACCAGGCCUCCAUGCAGUAUUACUGUGCUCUGAACGCUCUGCAGUACAGGAAGAGGGUGGCCAUGCUGCAGCCCAUGCUGGGCUACACACAGGCACAGGUGAACUUUUUCAAGAAAGGAAUGGAUAUGGCUUCAAAGAAAAUGGAGAGCUUUUUAUCUUCAGUCACUAGCAUGAAUCAGAGUAUACAAAGCCAGCUGGACUCAGAGGCUGAAGCGAUGAGGCAGGCCCAGCGGGAGCUGCUGUCUGUGGAGGACUCGAUCUACAUGCCGGACCAGGACGCCUCCAACCCCCUCAUCAACAGGAACCUCAUACAGAAGGCUGGCUACCUGAACAUCCGGAAUAAAACAGGCCUGGUGACGACAUCCUGGGACCGGCUGUACUUCUUCACUCAGGGAGGGAACCUGAUGUGCCAGCCGCGGGGAGCAGUGGCUGGGGGUAUGGUCCUGGACCUCGACAACAGCUCUGUGAUGGCGGUGGACUGUGAGGACCGGAGAUACUGCUUCCAGAUCACCUCCCCGGACGGUAAAAUACAUGUGUCUUUUGAUUGGAUCAGUGACUGGAGCUCUGGGCUGCAGUCUGGAAGGUGUAUAACCCUCCAGGCUGAAAGUAAAAAGGAAUAUGAAGAGUGGAUCUGUUCUCUCAACAACAUCUCAAGACAGAUCUACCUGACAGACAACCCAGAGGCCGUUGCUAUCAGGCUCAAUCAAACUGCAAUACAGGCAGUUACCCCGAUAACAAGCUUUGAGAAGAGACACGACACCUGUGCUGAGAGGUUGAAGCCAGUAGCAGUGGAGCCCUCGGGCGCGGCCCCACAGGACACCCCUGACUCGCUGGAGAUGAUCACGCCCGGGACCCCCAUCCAGUUUGACAUCAUGCUGCCAGCCUCCGAGUUCCUGGAUCAGAACCGAGCGGGAGGAGGGAGGCGCACAAAUCCCUUUGGAGAAUCUGAAGAUGACUGCGCUGCGCAAUCUGAAGACUCCCUCCUGCACCAGAUGUUCGUGGUGCGGUUCCUGGGGUCCAUGGCGGUCCGCUCCCAUCGCUCCAAGGAGGUGAUUUACGAAGCCAUGCGGCAGGUACUAGCGGCCCGAGCCAUCCACAACAUCUUCCGCACCGCGGAGUCACACCUCAUCGUGACCAGCAAGAGUCUGCAGUUGAUUGACCCUCAAACGCAGGUUACAAGAAUAAGUUUCCAGCUGAGGGAUGUCGUCCAGUUCGCAGCGCACCAGGAGAACAGGCGGCUCAUGGGCUUCGUGGUGGAGGGACCUGAGAUCUCUGAGGAGAUGGAGCCGUCGCUGAGCGCCUACGUCUUUGAGAGCAACACGGAGGGGGAGAAGAUAUGUUACACUAUAAGCCUGGGGAAGGAACUAAUUGAGGCAGAAAAGGACCCGGAGGCACUGGCCCUGUUGAUGAAGUCGAUGCCUCUCACCAGUGACGGGAAGUUCCUUGUGCUGGAGAGCGAGACGGUGGGCGCUGUGCAGAAUGGAGCCGAGGAGGGGCUGGAGUCUGAGGCCUAGUGGAGUAAAGGAGGGCUUUGCUGCUGGGGUUCACAGCACUGAUGCAGGGUGCACAAAACCGUGCAACGAGAAGGGCAGGGCAGAGGUUCACAGCUCUAUUCUAUUUGGGUGCUUCUGGGAAUUUCAUUCUGUCCUGUUAGAGUGAGUGAGUGAGUGAGUGUUGAAGUAGGGUUGGGAGAGAUUAUAAAGGCAUUCACAUAAUGAUCUGUGCAUCAGAGGCAGUGUUUUUGGUGUUCAGGGAUAAUCUGGACCUGCCCCACCUUCAAGGUCUAUAGCAUGGUGUGUGAGGCCACUGUCUUUUAGUAAUGACUUCAAUCCAUUUAAUCUACCAGCAAUAUGUGUGUGUGUGAGAUAGCAUAGAAUAACAAUUAACAAAAUAUAUAUAUCUUACAGCCCAACAAAUAUUGGUUUGUAUAAAAAGCUAAUUUUAUAUGUGAAAACAAACCAGUAAUUUAAGCACUUGAAAAUAUUCCCACCAUAGGUAUGGUACUGCAAAGAAGCGAACGGUUUUGUAAACCCCAGAAGUAAAACAAACUUACCAGCAAUGAAUCCGUCCCUACCGUUAAUACCUCCCUCGGGUAUAUAAGCACAGACUUUAUUUUUAGGGAAGAAGAAGUAACAUGAUAAGAUAACUGUGUUCUGUUGUGUCUUACUGUUUACAAGUCACAUUGUGGGAGAGCUUUUUUUCUUAGGGAUGUUUUUGGUCAUCUGAAGUAAUCUGAACACAUACUGUAUAGUUUGGAAACAGAUCCGGGAUCUCACUGCCUGAAGUGCAUGAAUUUUUAUUUUAUUUUUUUGUCAUAAAUGAAGGACUGAAAAUGUAACAGCAAAACCCCUUCAAAAGAAAGAGCAGCCCUCUGUGUUCACCCCGUUUAUACAAGCUGGAGUCCUGGUGCUAACAAUGAGGAGUGGACGGGUUACAUAGGCAUUAAGGUGUGGGUGCAGUACAGUAAAUGUAACAUAAGGAAAACUGACCCGAUAGUGAAGUAAAACUCAGAGUAAAACAGGACCUCCCGUCACUCCUCUGGUAAUGUACCACCUGAGCUGUGUAUUUCAGGGUGAGGAAUACCAUUUGGAACACUCCCCUGGGCUUCUCUGUGUGUCUUUAGCUCCACUGUGUUUAACUGGAAUGAAGGAGGUCCAGCAUUUUCUCAGCUCCAAAGCUCACCAGUCCAGCAUUUUGAUACAUCGAAAAAACAGACCUUUCUCACAUUCCCGGUGCUACAAGAAACACCCCCAGGUUUCCUCCACUGUGCUUGUUUUUAAAGAGGUUUGACUGUAUGUAAUAGACACUAAUUCCAUUCUCUGUAAAGCUUUGCACAUAAAUAAAUAGUAUUUUCUGAUAUCAUUAAACUCAAUACCUUUAAUAAAACUA